AUGGAGGGAGGUAUAGGAGGAGGAUGGGGUGGUGGUGAUCUUGGAGUUUAUGGGUUUAGAAACAACACACAACAUCAUAGCAUAUAUAAAACAGGUCCUCCAUUGACAGCCAUAGAUAGGUUCUUGUGGGGAAGUCAUCAAAGUCAAAACAAUGCAAGCAACAAAGAUCAUCAGAAGGUGGUUUCCUCAAAUGGGUUGAGUGGUUUUGCUUCUUUUGGCGGUGGUGGUGCAAUAAUUAGUCAUGAGGCAGCAGCUUCUUGGCCUAGCAAUUAUAGUGCUACUACUAAUCAUCUCCAAGAGCCAAGCUUUGUAGAUGAAUUUUUAGUUGGACAAGGAGAAGCCUUGAUGAUGAGUUGGUUUCAAGAGCAAAACCCUAAUGCCACAGGUGGUUUCAGAGAAGAAGGAAGGGUUUCCGAAAGGAAUUGCAAAGCGGUCGGAAAGAGAGCUAAAAAGGGUUUAACUGCUGCUACUUUAAUAAAGGGACAGUGGACUGAUGGAGAAGACAGGAAGUUGAUGAGGCUGGUGAAGCAAUAUGGAGUCAGAAAAUGGGCACAGAUAGCUGAGAAAUUGGUGGGAAGGGCUGGCAAGCAGUGCAGAGAAAGAUGGCACAAUCAUUUGCGCCCCGAUAUCAAGAAAGAUAGCUGGACUGAAGAGGAGGAGGCGAUACUUGUUGACGCUCAUACUGAAGUUGGAAACCGUUGGGCAGAGAUUGCAAAACGCAUUCCAGGAAGAACUGAAAACGCCAUAAAAAACCAUUGGAAUGCAACAAAAAGGAGGCAGAAUUCAAGGAGAAAAAACAAGCAAACUGAAGGCAAAAAUGGAAACAACAAGAAGCCUCAGUCAUCCAUUCUCCAAAACUACAUCAGGAGCAAGAACCUCAUGAACAAUAACAACUCCAAUAUUUCCUCUAGUACCCCUACAAGCUCUUCCACCCUCUCUCAUGAAGAUCCAUCGAAAACCUACCUCAACAUUUUGGUCACAGAGCCAUCUGAUCAGUCCACUACUAGCAACUGUUGUGAUUCUCCAUUGAAUUUGGCUGACUCUUUAUACAAUGAUGAGGAACUUGUUUUCAUGCAAAAUUUCUUCACCAACAAUCCUUACAAUCAUCCUCAACAGCCUUCCAAUUCCACUGAGAACAAUGUUGGACUAAUUGUUAGCCCAAUGGAAGCCUCACAAAAUCCAAACAUGUACAAUUUUAGUAGUUCUAUAAUUAAUCCCACUACUACUACCACUACAACCAAUACCCCCAGUCCUACUACUCCUACCCCUCAGUAUUCUGACCUAUACCUCUUAAAUGGAGCAGCCAAUUCAUCAUCUUAUAAUCCCAAUGAUCAUCAUCCUCACUUAGGGUUUUACAACACAAACAUGGAAUAUUUGGUGUCACAUGAUCAUCAUCAUCAUCUUCAAGCUGCUGCUUCUGCUUCAAACGAAGGGCGAGAGAUGGAUUUGAUAGAGAUGGUGUCUGCUUCUCAAGGUACCUGA